CUAGCACGACUUCCGUUGUUAGUCGGAAGUACACUAGCGGAAGUAACACGGUCAAAAUGGCAACCGGAGCAGAUCAAGCUGUUGGUUUUGGACUUGUUGGUUUUAGUCUGUUGCUGUUUACGUAUUACACCAUUUGGGUCAUAGUGUUGCCUUUCGUGGACAGUGACCAUGUGAUCCACAGUUAUUUUCUUCCACGAGAAUAUUCAGUAAUACUUCCUGGAGUUGCAGCAUUGAUCCUCUUACUUUUUGUUGGCACCUUCAUAGGGGUGGUAACAUGGAAGAAUCGGAAACCUAAGAAAGUUGAUUAAGGCUCUCCAGGCUGUUGUGAUUCAUCUGGUCACAAGAACGAACAGUGUUGAUUUUGCUCUGUACACAGCCACGUGAAGAUCAACUCUAAAGCUGCUCGCCUGGAUUCCAGUCAUUAGACAUGUUUAGGUGGUUCUUAGAAUAACAACAAAAAAGAUUUCAUUUCUAGCCAGAGCAGUACCGAACAUAUAGCUGCACGGUAGUCUGUUUGAACUUUGUGCAUCCAAUGGCCACGACCUUAGAAGACCACGCUAUCUGUGACAUGUUUAGCUUUGGAGAAUUCUUUCCAUAGUCCAGGAGAUAAAAGCAAAUAAUUCAUGAGAACACAAUUUCUGCACCUAAGAGAUAGUGCAGAUAAAUGGAUCUGGAAGACCUUGAAAUGGAAUAUGGGAUUUUUCUUUUUGCUUAGUUAUAAUUUAAAUUAAGGAGUUUCAACAGUUCAUACCAUAAACAGUCCCACAUUAAAAUGAAUAAAAAUGUUUUUAUAAUG